CUCACGGCUUUCUGAUUGGGUGGAAGUGGCCUGGGCAGGCUUGUGACCCUACUGCAGAGGAGGGGCUGUGCCCCAGCGAGUGUCUUCCUACCUACCUGCUCCCCAGAGUGCUGCCUGCUGUGCACCUUGGUCCUGGAGCCCUUCUCCACCCGGAUAGCUUCCUUGGCCCACCUGUGCCCCACACCACUCUGCACAAACGUAUAAGAGCUCAAGCCGCCUCCAUGGCCCCAGGAAAGAGUCAGGGGAGAGGCCCCAUCCAGGGAGCCACACCUGCCAGACACCCUAGCCAGAAUGGAGCUGACUGAUUUGCUCCUGGUGGCCAUGCUUCUCCUUACUGCAAGAAUAACUCUGUCCAGCCCAGCUCCUCCUGCCUGUGACCCCCGACUCCUAAAUAAACUGCUUCGUGACUCCCAUCUCCUUCACAGCCGACUGAGUCAGUGCCCUGACAUCAACCCUCUGUCUACACCUGUCCUGCUGCCUGCUGUGGACUUCAGCCUGGGAGAAUGGAAAACCCAGACGGCACAGACCAAGGCUCAGGACAUUCUAGGAGCAGCUACCCUUCUCCUGGAGGGGGUGAUGGCAGCACGAGGACAGCUGGAACCCUCCUGCCUCUCCUCCCUCCUGGGACAGCUUUCCGGGCAGGUUCGCCUCCUCUUGGGGGCCCUGCAGGGCCUCCUAGGGACCCAGCUUCCCCCACAGGGCAGGACCACAGCUCACAAGGAUCCCAAAGCCAUCUUCGUGAGCUUGCACCAACUGCUGAGAGGAAAGGUGCGCUUCCUGCUGCUAGUAGAAGGUCCCACCCUCUGCAUCAGGCGGGCCCUGCCCAACACAGCUGUCCCGAGCAGGACCUCCCAACUCCUCACACUACACAAGCUCCCAAACAGGACUUCUGGAUGGCUAGAGUCGAACUUCAGUAUUGUCGCUGGAACUCCAGGCCCUGGGCGUCUGAACAGGGUUCAAGGACUUGCGACCAAGGUUAUCCCUGGUCAGCUGAAUCAAACCUCCUGGUUCCCAGACCAAAUCCCUGGAUACCUGAACAAGACACACAAACCUGGGAAUGGAACUCAUGGGCUCUUUGGCGCAGCCUCACUUCAGACCCUGGACACCUCAGUUCUGCCAGGAGCUUUGAACAAAGGCUCCCUGCCACCCAACCUCCAAAGUGGAUAUCCCCCUUCUUCUACCCAUGCUCCUGAUGGACACACACUCUUCUCUCCUUCACCCACCUUGCCCACCCAUAGGUCUCCACCCCAGUUCCACCCCCUGCUUCCUGAUCCCUCCACCACUGUGCCUACCUCUGCCAGCCCGCGUCCAGUUGCAGCGUCCCCCCACUCCCAGAAUUUGCCUCAGGAAGCGUAAGGGACACAGGCGCAGCCAGUAUCUGCAGUGUCUCUUAGACACAAGCCUUCCCCAGGAGAGGCAGCUGCAGCUGCACUAGACGUCCUGCUUUCCCUGAAACCCAAAGCCCUGGGAAAGGGCUUCACGGGACAGGCGAUCAUAAAAUUUCAGGAACUAUUUUUUUAACCUAUCAACAAUAUUCAGAGCAGCUAGUUAUCUUUGGUCUAUUUUCUGUAUAAAUUUGAAAAUCACUAAUUCUCUCUAUGUGUUUUCUACAAAGGCCCAGACAGGUCAAGCCUUAGAGGUAGAUAUUAACAUUGUAUCAGAAAACAAAAAGGUCAUUUCCUUUACUCCCACCCCAUGCCCUCAUUCAGUUCUGUCUCAGUGAGACUGGUCCUCUUGAUAUAGGAAUAACAAGUUACCUCUUAGACAGACACCCCUAUUUAGAGAUAAAACUGAGCCUGUAGGAGAAUAAAUGAGAGCAUCCAAGAGCCAACUAAAAAUCAAGGGAGCAAUAUUCUUCUCCGGGGCAACAGAUUUCCUGGACCCUGCCUCCCAGGAAAGCUAACAGGAAGCCUGGGGAACCCCAUUCCCCAGGUAAGGCUGUGCAAAUGGUUCAGUAAAGACUAGACCAGGACGUGGCAGCUGAGCAAACAGCUAAGUGCAGCAGCAGCUCAGCAGGAGCCUAGCCAGGCCUGGGCUCCUGCUUCCCUCCUGUGGAGGUCAGGCGGAAGUGCAGGAAGUGGCAAGAGCAAGGCUCCGUAGCUCACACAGCAGGAUAAGCAGAGCAGCUAAGGCUCUUUCUACUUCCCACAAAUGCAUCUAAAAAGCAGCCUUGU